GCAGAAGCACUGUUUCGUAGAAAUAUUUCCUUAGUAUGUUUCACCUCAAAAUUUGAGCACAAACUUCAAGAGUUACUACGUCAUCAUGAUAAAGUUCCUGUAGUUAUGCUUCCAUCCAAUGAGAGCUCUUUAAAGCUAGUUGAGAAAAGUCAUAGAAUACAAUGGGUCAUUUUAGUUCCACGCCAAUAUUCGGAGAAUAUUUCUUUCAAUGAAUUCAGUCAGUUUUACAUCAACAAUCACAUAAUGUUUGUUUUUCCAGCUCCAAAAAACACUUAUAUUCUGAAGUCCUUGGAAGUUCCUAGUCUAACUCUCAUUACUACAAAUUCAUGGAACAAUGAGACUGGUUUUUCAAACAAUUCUUCGUUCCUUGAACGCGCAAUUCAACCUGCAAGACCACUACGAGUAGCAAUGGAAAAGCAUUUUCCUUUCUUCAGACUUCCAAGCGCUUUGCAGAAACCAACUGGAUCGGAUAUUGAACUGCUUGAUAGUCUGGCAGCUUCCUUGAAAUUUACGUAA